GUACGGAGUUGUCGGCCCGUGUCCUGAAUGUAUGAGUGGUCGCACUGCCACGACACAUCGGGGCCGCGAGGCAAUAAACCUGAACCACCACCACCACUGACAUAGAGGCUGGAGCCUUAUCCAUCGCGAGGAUGCCACCAGAGAAAUGCGGAUGGUUUCUCACUCCGGGAACUGGCCCAUUUCAUCUCUCUUUUGAUCCGCCAAAGGACUUCAUUGCAUCGGAGGACCGGAAGCUGUCCAUUCCCAGAUAUCGUGAGGCUCUCUGCCUUCUGCAUGCCCUCCACGUGAGACACGGGGUUGUGGGCCAUGCCAUUGUUACCUUGCACCAGCGCUAUAGAGAGGUUUUGGAGUUCAUUGAGUACAAAGGGGUUGACAAUCUACUGAAGGCAUUGCACAAAAAGUAUUUCAUUGUGGGAGACGAUGAGCUCUCUGUGCAUGGAUUACUCCACCGACCUUUACAAUCCGAGACCGAUAUCACGACGCUCAGGAAUAUGAAGCAUCACUCCCUCGCUGACCGUGUCUUAUCUUGCAUGCCAAUUACCAAUAGAGUUGGGGUUUCUAUCUGGGAGGAAACAUCACUUGUGCGGAUUUUUGAUGCAUUGGUGGAAAUCGUCAAGCAAAUUGAAUGCAUGGAGGAUAUAGGCUUAUACCACGGGGAUGUCAGUGAAGGGAACAUUUUUACUGGCACUCGUGAUGGAAAGAACAAGGCAUGGUUGGGCGAUCUUGAAUUUGAGUGUGUUGACAGAUUGGACGGAGACAAUACUGAGAAAGCCAAGCUAUCUGGCACAUCCUCCUUCAUGUCGGAAGCAGUACUCGUUGCAAUUUAUUCGGGGCAGACACACUCACAAUCUGGUGUAGAUGAUUUAGAGUCUCUGAUGUGGGUACUGCUCUGGUUCUUCUAUCACACCUGUCCACAUGAGAACGAAUGGGGAUGGACUCGCCUUCUGUACAACAUGAAUUUUGUCUCCCACACUUCUCCGCCUCCUCCCAUGGAGGCCAAUGGAAAGUGCUUCAAGUUGAGACCGGUAUCGGUGCGGGGGCAAGAUCCAUUGUACUUCUUUCUUGGCGAUGCUUAUUUAGCAAGCCUUAUGAAAUCUACAACCAAGCAAGUGUACCACCUGCCACCGGGGGGCUAAAAUGGGCCCCAGGCACUCUUGUCACUCUAUUCCAGGAUAUCUGGGGUCUUG